GCCGCAUUGUGACACGAUACAUCAAGACCUCCAAAGCCUAACGUGGCUUCAACGCGUGCACAAUUCGGCCCAUCAACAACCUGACUUUAAUCGAAGGGAUUAGUUCUGCUAUCAGCUCCCACACAACCCACAGGAAGAUGCGAUCAUCAGAGCGGUCUUAGAUUUUUUUUCUUCUUCUAGAGAGCUUCCAACCGACUGCCGUCAACAUGCGGUUAGCCUGGUAUGCCGGGGCCUCGACGGCCCUCGCCGGCGGCGUGGUGUUUUCCGCGUUCAACCAGCGUGCCAAUUUCUAUUCGGCCAUGGUCCAUUUGUCCCAGAGCAACCUCUCCAUUAUGAUCCUACUCAACAUUGUUAUGUUUGUUUACAUCUCCUUCAUAUAUGGUCUCCAACGACUAUGCUACGGACAGCUUCGGCCGGUCGAGAUCGAGCAACUUUACGAGAAGGCUUGGUUUGCCGUGACCGAAACCUGCUUGGCUAUGACCAUAUUCCGGGAGGAGAUCGGAGCUUUCUUCAUCGUCAUGUUUACGGCCCUCUUGACGGGCAAGGUCUGGGGAUGGAUUGGCGACGGCCGGGUCGAAGUCCUGGAGCAGCAACCACCCGCGAACCCGCGACUUUUCCACGCCCGCCUAAGCAUCUCCCUCGUCGUCAGCGUCAUCUACGACAUAUGGUUACUGCAGUACGCAACCCGGACGGUUAUCCAGCAGGCCCGACCUAACAUGACGGUCAUGUUCCUGUUUGAAUUUGCGAUUCUGCUGGUUUGCUCAGUGCAGACCGGGCUCCGAUACAUCGUCUCCCUCACCGAACAGAGUAUUCUUAAAACUCAGACUCGCCAGGGGCUGGAGGCACGACGAAGGCAAAUUCGGGAGCAAAGGGCCGACAUACUGCGGCGCAGAGAGUCCGGCGAGGCCACAGAGGAAGAGAUGAACGAACCACUGCCGGACGAAAAUGACGUCGAAGAAAUGGACAUCGAGGUGCCCGGAUGGGAGGCCAAGGGGCACUGGAUCCUUGUUCUGGAUCUUUGCGCAGACUUUCUAAAGCUCGGCAUUUACGGCGCGUUCUUUGCUCUCAUCCUUAUCUUCUACGGGCUGCCUAUCCACAUCAUGCGCGACCUCUUCAUGACAACGCGAUCCUUCGUCAAACGCCUCGGAGCCUUGUUGCGCUAUAGACAAGCGAUUAAGGAUCUCAACAGGUAUCCCGACGCCACCGAGGAAGACCUCAACAGGGAAAAUACAUGCAUCAUCUGUCGAGAGGAGAUGCAUCCCUGGAACGCAAAUGAUGCAGCCCGUAUUGAACGGACUCGUCCCAAAAAGCUUCCAUGUGGCCACAUUCUUCACUUUGGUUGCUUAAAGAGCUGGCUUGAGCGCCAGCAGGUCUGCCCAACAUGUCGCCGUUCUGUGGUUAUUGGUGCACCUGAGCCUGGAAGGAGAGAUGCCAAUCCUCCCCCAUUUCGAGCUGCAGGUGUUGUACCUGGUAAUCCCGCGAACUUGGCGCCUCAGCCCCCUGCUGGCAACGUCCCGAAUAAUCAUCAGCAGCCACAACAGCCAAAUCGACCGAAUGUCAGGAUGUUCGACCUCGGACCCAUCAGGCUUGGAUUCGCUAGAGGCGGGGCCCAGGAUCUCCAGGAAAUGGCGCAGAUGAUGGGCGUGCCGGCACCACCUAUCCCUGAGAAUAACCAAGCUGCUGUGCAGAACCCAGUUCUACCGCUACAGCCAGGCAUAGUAGCGCCCUCCAAUGUCGAAGCCAUCCAAGCCCAGCUACGUGCAAUCGAGGAGCGGAUCCAGACGGAGGCAUUCUCAAUCCGAUUUGCGCAGCAGGAAGCUCAGGUACUCAGGCUAUUACUGCAACAGCUUGAAAUGAUACGUCACGCGCAAGCCAUAAAUCUUGCUGGGGGACAGGAUGCAGUCGGACCACAAUCAUUCGCAUCAGGCAGUGGCGCUCAGCCUCAGCAGGCACAACACCAGUCUACAGUUCCUGAUUCGCAAACAAGUAAUCAUGGCCAACAACCCGGAGCUACAGACUCGAGCUCUAACCCAGGUGCUGCGACAACAAUAUCCCAGGCCCCUCUGGGAGGGUUGCAGCAAGGCGGUCCCUCGGUGCACAACCUGCCUCCAGCAGUACAGUCACUCAGUCCAGUUGCUGGGGCUGGCUCGGUUGGACUCAGCCAUCACACCGUAGCACCAAAUACCACACCAAUCCCAGCUGGUAGCUCUGAUCUACCAGAAGGCCUUGUGCUUCCCCCAGGAUGGUCACUAUUGCCGCUGAAGAGGGCGGACGGAAUGCCACCUGCAGCACCUGAGAUCCAGAGAACGGGAGAGACGACCCGGGCGGCGCUGGCGAUAUCAGAGGCGAGCACCCAAAGCCAGUCUGUACCAGAAUCUAAGCCGGCACCAACGGAGUCCACUCCGGAGGCGGGAGGCUCAGGGACCGUAACAGCGAGCCAGGACCAGGGAGAUGAAGAAGAUGGUGACACCUCAUCCUCUGAAGAAAGUGAGCAGAGCCAUGAUGAUGGACCGACAGACUCUAGGGACGCAAUGCCUUCAUGGGGAGGUUCGGCGCAGCUCUUUGGAGAUAGCGGGGUAGGAGGAAAUAGGCAACAGCAAAGUCGUCCAGCGGACGACAAGGGCAAAGGUCGCGCUGUAGAAGUUGAGGAUGAGGAUGAUUAGUGAUGACGACCUUUGAUUAUGUACUUUCUUUUUAGCAAUCAGCAGUCAUCAAACAGCAGAUUGAAGUGCGUGAAAGAAUUAGUGAUAGCGAUGCAUUGAUUGGAGCUUGACCGAGAUCUUUGCCAGUGACUACG